AUGUUCCGGUUCUGGGGUUCAGAGCGGGGAAGCGAAACGACAGUCGGAAUCAGUCAUCCAAUGUCGUCAUUUGCGCAAAAGCACCAGUUCAUCCUGCCGCAUCCAGCUGCGCCAACGACAUCUGCUGCAUCAAGUCCUGUCCGCCCUCAAAAGAGGCGAUUGUCCAGUGUCGACGACUCACCUGCACCAAAUGUGCCGUCAACCAACAGUGAGCAGCCCUUGAAACGGGCAAAACAGGAAAGCAGCAGUCCUUCCGUUGCUGACAUUCCUUCCUGCGAUGCUGUCGCGCAAACCCCAGUGCCCGCAGUCGCACCCGUGCCUGUGGUUACUCCUGAAUCUGAGCCUAAGGCUGCUUCUGAGGUGACUAACAACAUGGAAGAGGCGUGCGAUGCGAUUCAGUACCAGUUUGGUUUGGAGAUUUUGCUCAAACACAACGAGCUGAGACUAAUCAAUCAAGAGCUGGCGAAAUGCCAAGUCGCCCUGGAGCAACUGCGCCGCUGCCAUCUCAUUCCCUAUCCCACUACCUGCCCCACCCCGGCGCAAAUGUUGGAUAUCAGCAAUGGCAAAGGCCCAGUUUUGCAGAACCGUCCGGGAGAGUCUGUUCCCCAAUGGGCGCCGCCUUUUGGGGUCGUCGAUGGUCCUUACGCUCGACACUAUGCCAAGUGGCUCAUCCCAGAUCCCAAGUUUGAUGGCAUGCAACCUGAAUGGUAUCCCGUGCAUGAGACUGCCCGUAGCAGAGGCUCAGUUGAGGGAAGAACAACGAGAAACAGCAUGUCUGACCUCUCAAGCGCGAACAAGAACCGCCCGGUCCGAGGUUUCGCUGGCCAGAAACUUCAGUCUCUGUCCAGCGGCUACCCUCAACCCAAGGAAAAGGCUGGACCUUGUGUUCUGAAGCGCUCCGACGGUCAGACGGUGAAGCUCGUUUGUCUGGAUUGCAACCGAGAAAACUUCAGCAGCACUCAGGGUUUCAUCAACCACUGUCGUAUCGCUCAUAGGCGUGACUUCAAGAGUCACGAGGAGGCUGCUGUGCACUGCGGCCAUCCUAUCGAGGUCAAUGAAGGUGGUGGUAUUGUCGGGGAGGAAAAGCCUCCCCCUCCGGCCCCUGCCGUCGCGCCUGGUCUCGUUCACCCCCUUGCCCAGUCCGACGUGUCUACUCAGCAGGCUUAUGUUGCUUUGCGCUCAAGGAUCGCAGAUUCGCUCAAGCUGUACCGUGAAGGCAAGCUGCCUGGUGUAACAAGCAUCCCCAGCGCCCCGAAGACGGUGCCCCCGAAACCUGCUGCUGAGAAGGCUGAAAGCUUUGUCGCUUCGGCUGACACCCCCUUCCUUUCACGGCUCAUGCAGAGCAGGAACUUCAACGGCAACCUCAGUGACAUUGUCAGUGACGCCAAGGAGAAGAUUUCUCUCGAGGACGUUGCAUCCCCAGGAGAGGACUCGGAAGAGGCCGAGGCUGGUCUCAGCACUCCCAAAGGUCUUGUCGCUCCCGCUGCUCGCAUUCCUUCUACCACUAUGCGUGUCCCGGCAAGAGCCGUCAUGUCCCCUGUGGCUUUGGCGCCGACGAGACCGACAAGCAGCAAGGGCAGGUCGCCUCAUCUGGGUUUCGCCUCGCCGCCGAUGAGCAGUCCCGACAAGGACGAAGCCCCUAGGAUGAUGAUGCUCCGUGACGAGGAUGUUGACAUGGACGCUGACCUGAGUCCCAAUACGAUGGUUAGCAACAAUGCUCCCUCGCUCGUUAGUGAUGACGGCGAGUACGACGACUCGGACGACGGCUCGUCCGAGUCUGGUGUUAGCGACCGCAUGGACGCCGAGUCGGUGUCGGAUGUGGCUGAGAUCACACUUGACGAAGAUCAUGAGGGACGAACUCUCCAUCACCGGGAAACCAGCAGCGUUGGAUCCGGUACCGCUAUGCGUCUGAAGAAGGACGAGAACAAGCACGUCACCUUCGUUAGCCCUGUCAACAACAGCGCAAAACGAGCCCGAAAAGUUUAG